AUGGAUCAAGGACUCAGCCAUCAAAUUUGGCAGAUAUUCAUGCAAGGGCGUGUCGGCGCCGUUGCCCGAUGCCUCCACCGGGAAGGGGACAAGUUGCCCAUCACCGAAGAGCUGUUGCUCAUCACCGCGUGCGGCAAAGACCCCCAGGGCUGUCUUUCCUUUCUCUUCUACGCCCGGCCAAAGGAAACCGCUGCUUCCAUCUCCUCCCGCGUCGUGCAAUUAGCCAUGAUGUAUGGGGCAUCGUCGGAUGUCAUUGAAGUGCUCCUGACAAAUUGCCAGCGCCACGUCCAGUUCAGUGAGGUGACCCUCGAUAUCAUGCGCACAUCGGUACCGGACAUCACAGAGUCUGUCCGCCAAACGUUAAAAUGGAAACCCGACACACUUCCAGCGACAGAGGAAGCCUUGGAGGUGCUGGCGGGCUGCCUUGACGCCGCCACGUUGCAGUCGUUCCUCGAGGCACGCGGCGCUGCAUUGGAGAUAAGCCAAAACACUUUUAACGAGACAUCCUCUCGCGAAGAGACUUUUCUAACCGUCGUGAUGUGGGUGUUUGGAAAUAGUGUCAACACAGACAUUCAGUUCACCUCCGAAACCGCUCUGCACUGUCACGACCGCGUCGGAUGCAUCGACUUUGUUGCACAACACUGGCCGGAGAAGUUGAAGUUGGAUGGCAAAGGGUCACUGGGAACAGUGCAAAUGGAUCCUGUCAAGUCGGAAAACGACUGA